UUUCGUUUGCCAUGUGUUGCUUAGUCAUUGGGUAAGAUUAACCUUUUUCUUUGAUUUUUUCAAAAAAAAUAUGAAAUAAAUGGUAAGAGUUUACUAUAAAAAGAAAGAGAGGUGGGGUGUUGAAUAGUAGUAGUCAUAAAACAUACAUCAUCAAACUUAAGAAGCUCUCAUACGUUUUAUAGUAGCACAUAUAAACAAGAACAAGUUGAUAGUAACUAACUAACUAAUAUGGCAACAAUGGAGUGGUCUCCUCAACAUGCAAUGAAAGCUUUCUUGCAAACUCUUCAUUUGUGUAAGGAGAAUAACAUACAUAACGAAGAAGAAAGGUAUGGAAUAGAUGGAAGCAAAGUAAUCGAACCACAAGGAACAGAAUUACUAUCAGCUUUAGCAGCAGGAAACAAAGCAAGAAUAAUACUAGACAUAACGUCCCACCAAAAAGGCGUGACACCCUUAACUCUUGCACUAGCUGUUGCUGCUAAACAAACCGAGGGCAAACUCAUAUGCAUUCGACCCACUCUUCAAUCCCUCUUCGGAUUAGAUCAUUACAUAGAUCGCGACCACGACAACUGUGAUGCUAGUGGUGUGACUGAAUUACGAGUUGGUGAUCCAUGUGAACUAAUAAAUGACAUUCGAAACGUUGAUUUUGCUGUCAUUGACUGCACCGGUUUCGACUCGAGUCGCCUGAGAUCAUUAUCCGAGAAGUUACAUCUGAAUCCAAGAGGAGCUAUAAUUGUUGCUAACAAUAUAACACGUAGAGAACAAGGUGUUGUGCUAAUUGAUCAGUUGUUAAAGGGUAAAAGAGGAGUUGAAUCUUCUGUUAGAACUUUACCUUUGAGUUCUUCUACAGGAUUUCAACUCAUCAUUAAAAUAAAAUCUAAGUGUCAGAGGAGGAAGCAUAAUAGAUUUUUUGUUACAUUUGAUGAUUGAAUAAUCAUCAUCUUAUGUUUUUUUAUUUUCAUUUCUGUUGUUUCAUUUUCUGAGUGAUGUUAUGUACACAAUAUAAUACUUAUACAUUGGAUAAAGACAAUUAUAAUAACUAUGCUCCCUUUGUUUUUUGUUAGUGCAGUGAAUAACCAAACUUGUUUGGUAAUUACUGUAUUAAUUUUCCAUUAUUCAUGUAUCAGAAAGGAGAGCUAGGUUAAAUUACUGUAUAAUUUUAUGUACACUUUUUUUUUCCCAAGUGUUUAUACUUGCUAUAAUAUCGACUGUUUUUUCGAUCUUUUUUCUAUUUUCUUCUUCUUUUUUAUUUUAUUUUAUUUUAUUUAUUAUUUUUUACAAGUAUUAUACAGAGUACUUUUUGGGGACUUUUCUGCUGCCACUACAAGUUAACUAAAUAUUACGGUCCCUUCUCCCUAUUCUUCUUCAAAAAAUAAAAAAAAAUAAUAUGGUUCCUACUCAAACUGUCCAACACAUUACUAUUUUUUUUU